AUUCCAUCGCGUGCGUGCUUCAAACGUGCACUUUCUUACGCAGCUUCGAGAGGAAAUUUUCUCGCGUUCUAAAUAAACAUACCGUUCCGCACGAGCCUAUUCUCCCACGAAAUUGACCACGAACGCGAUAUCCGUUCCCGGACUCCGUUCUGCUCGCCGUUGAAACGCGAGACGUUAUUCCGAGAAGUGCAGAAGCGCGCGGCGAGAGCGAUGUUCAAGUGGUAAACAAGCGAGCUUCGCAGCGCGAAAAUGCAGCGUCCCGUGGACGUAAGCUGCUCCGUAAUUCCUAACGCGAAUUUUUCGCCACGCUCGUUAACGCCCGUCGUAACGCGUCUCACGUCGAGAACUCCGGAUGACGGAUCGAACGAACGGCCUUCGUCGCCGGCGGUGAGCCGCCGCGCGGCAUCACCACCGGAAGCGCUCUUCGGUUCGUUUGCCGCCAAACUGUCCCGUGCGGCUGCGAUGAAGUUGUUUAUCCCACAACAGGCAGUCCCACGAUUGCACAGUGAAUAAUCGCGUUCGAACAGUCGGGAUCAGUGGUGGCAUACCCACGAGCGGAAUCGUCGAGUGCAGACGCGCGCGAGCGAGCGUUGCUUGGAAUCUCAACUUUACUCGGACGUAUCUCUCUACCAUGGCAAAGGUUCAGCUCGCGAACGUCGCGGUCCUCGAUAAUCCGUCGCCGUUCCUGAAUCCGUUCCAGUUCGAGGUCACGUUCGAGUGCAUCGAGGAACUCAAAGAAGAUUUGGAAUGGAAGAUGAUAUAUGUGGGCAGUGCAGAGUCAGAGGAGUUUGAUCAAGUCUUGGAUACAAUCUAUGUCGGCCCGAUUCCAGAAGGAAGACACAUGUUUGUAUUUCAGGCUGAUCCUCCGGAUGUAAGCAGGAUUCCAGUAAACGAUGCUCUGGGUGUAACUGUUGUAUUGCUUACUUGCUCCUACAGAGGUCAUGAAUUUGUUCGUGUUGGUUACUUCAUAAAUAAUGAAUACACGGAUGCAGAACUCAGGGAAAAUCCACCUCCGCAGCCACAAUUUGAUAAAGUUCAAAGGAAUAUAUUAGGUGAUAAACCACGUGUCACUAGAUUUAAGAUCAAUUGGGACGAUUGUGCCACUACAACAGCAAGCGCCAUUCCUGAGGGCAUGGAUGCGCAAGCUCUAGAAGAAACCUCACAAGAUGCACCGACAUCCACAUUAGGCUUUACAGAAAACACACAAAAUGGUAUGGAAGUGAUGUGAAAGACGAUUUGUUGCUAAUAAGUUUGGUGGAAUAACAUAUACAGUAAAUUUAAGGCUCUUGUUUCCUUACUAUAACCAUAUUGGAUUAUGAUGUCACAAGUGAAAUGUCAUACAGAUUUCUCUCUUGCAUUCUCUAUGAGUUGCAAUAAAUUUGUUGUUUUGCCAUGUCAUACAUAAGAUGUAUGUUUGGUAGCAUAAAUUAAUACAAUAUUCAGGAAAUCUAUAAUUUGGUUAUUAAUAAGAAAAUUAUAAGCAUUUAUGUUUAAUUUACAUAUAUCCUAGCUUGGGCACUUUAGGACAUAUGUCCAAGAAACACAGAACAUGAGAUUUGCGUAUCAACCAAGAGAAUAUAAAUAUACAUAUUAUUGUGACCAUAUAUUUUUGUGUAUAUAGAUGAUUAUAUUUUACAAUCAGAACCAUCAGUUGAUAUUCUUUUGCUUCAAGUACAUGCACUCUUAUCAUUUAUGGGAAAUCUUACAUUUUUUACAACUAUUCAUUUUAAUGUACAGCUUAUUAUGGCUGUAGCUUACUAAUAGUAUCGAUAAUAUAAUUUUGUUGCUUCACGUUGAAUGUAAAAUAAAGAUUUCCUUAUUUCUCCUUUCUGCGCUAAAUCUCUUUGGCAAUCUUGUAAUGAUCAAUUGAGAUUUAUAACAAUCUAUUAACUAUGUACCAUAAUAAGAGUUGUUAAAAUAUGUUACAUAAAUUUAUUUUGCCGAGUAUAAGUAAUCAUAUGCAAAGAUAAUCGAUUUAUUUCAACAUAUACUACAAAGCAUAUGUCACAAAAGCGAAAUUACGAUUGACAUUUCUCUGCGAUCUUAUAAUGCAGUACGGUUGCAGUGAAGAAAAAGAAUCCUUAAACGAUAAAGUAGUACCUGGGUAAGAAUAUGAGAGAGAGAGAGAGAGAGGGAGGGAGGGGGAGAGAGAGAGAGAGAGAGAGAGAGGGAGAGAGAGAGAGAGAGAGAGUACACACACACACACUCUCCGUAUAUAUUUAGAUAAUUCAAAAAAUCGCGCAAAACGGACCUUCCAUAUACUUAUUGAUGUUCUCCUUUGACAUGAAAUUUGUACAUUUUCAGAAAACAUGUAAUGUUAAUGUGAUAAUCCUAACAAUAGAAAGUGAGUUAAUUGUUUGCAAAAUCGUUACUCAUGUUUCUCCUAAUCAAAUAGCGGCGCACUGGAUUUUCAAACUUAUUGUCUCUCCAAGAGAGUGUUGUUUAUGCGAAAAAAGAAUUACGUGUAACGAACAGUAAUUAGCACGAACCACAAACGAUUAAACUACGGACUACGAUAAAUACGGACAAUCGAUCAUAAGCGAAGCGUGUAAAACAACAGCGAAUUCUCGAUAAUGUCCCAUAAUAUACUUGUUUGAAAAUUAUUAUGUUUUGGUAGCUUCUAAUUUAAGGCUUCAAACUUAAAAAUAUGUUUGAAUAUAUUAAGUAUUAUAUUACUA